CCGCCCCUCGCGGGGCUGCAGCUGGUCAGCCCUCCAGCCAAGAGCCCCCGGGGGUGUGGCCUGCUCGCUGGCGGGGCGGGGUGUGAAUUGGCCGCCGCUUCCGGGAAGCAGCCCGCCCCUCGUGCACCGGGGAGACUAGAUUGAGAGCGAGGGAGCGGUGGCGGGAGCGUAGGCUCGCAGCUCCGAGGAGGUAAGCUGAACACCCAGCAGAUACCCCAGGAGCCCUCAGUUCCAACCAGCUGGCUACCCUGUACCCUGACUGCUCACCAUGCAGCCUCAGUCUGUUCUCCACAGCGGCUACUUCCACCCAUUGCUUCGGACCUGGCAGGCAGCUGCCACUACAUUCAGUGCCUCCAACCUCAUCUACCCCAUCUUUGUCACGGAUGUUCCUGAUGAUGUACAGCCUGUUGCCAGCCUUCCAGGAGUGGCCAGGUAUGGUGUGAACCGGCUAGAAGAGAUGCUGAGGCCCCUGGUGGAAGAGGGCCUGCGCUGCGUCCUGGUAUUUGGUGUCCCCAGUAGAGUUCCCAAGGAUGAGCGGGGCUCUGCAGCAGACGCUGAGGACUCCCCGACUGUCGAAGCAGUUCGUCUGUUGCGCAAGACCUUCCCCAGCCUGCUGGUGGCCUGUGACGUCUGCCUGUGCCCCUACACCUCCCAUGGUCACUGUGGGCUUCUGAGCGAGAAUGGGGCUUUCCAGGCCAAGGAGAGCCGCCAGCGGCUGGCAGAGGUGGCUCUGGCCUAUGCCAAGGCAGGAUGUCAGGUGGUAGCCCCGUCGGACAUGAUGGAUGGACGCGUGGAAGCCAUCAAGGAGGCUCUGAUGGCACAUGGAUUUGGCAACAGGGUAUCGGUGAUGAGCUAUAGCGCCAAAUUUGCUUCCUGUUUCUAUGGGCCUUUCCGGGACGCGGCUCAGUCAAGCCCAGCUUUUGGAGACCGCCGCUGCUACCAGCUGCCACCGGGAGCACGAGGCCUGGCGCUCCGAGCAGUGGACCGGGACGUCCGGGAAGGAGCCGACAUGGUCAUGGUGAAGCCGGGAUUGCCCUACCUGGAUAUUGUGCGGGAGGUGAAGGACAAGCACCCAGAGCUCCCUCUGGCCGUGUACCACGUUUCUGGAGAGUUUGCUAUGCUGUGGCACGGAGCCCAGGCUGGAGCGUUUGAUCUCAAGGCCGCUGUACUGGAGGUCAUGACUGCCUUCCGCAGAGCUGGUGCCGACAUCAUCAUCACCUACUACACACCUCAGCUUUUGCAGUGGCUGAAGGCAUGAUGGAGAGAGUGUGCACGACCCAAGAACUAGAACUUUACAGAGGCCCCGGGGCCUUGGAGAAGUGAAAACCAAAGUAAAUGCUGCUUUUAGAACUGUGCCCUUGUGCCCUUUUCCUGCCAAAUCUUACCACUGUCAGCCACAUCUUCCUGGGCUCCACCAAGCUUCUCCACCCUCCCCUGUGUCAGCCCUGAGGCCACCUCUGCCACCCUAGCUCCUUCCUCUGGUGUUGCUUCCGUUUGAAAGCUCUCGUGGGCACAGGUUUGUGGGGCCUGGGAGAGGAGUUUGGAGCAUUAGGCGAAGAGGAAGACAGUUGGAUCGUGGAUCCUCAGAAGCUGUGGAAAGCCCACGGCCUCUGGCAACAUGCCACAUCUGCUGGACAUCGGGCCUGGGGGCUAGACUGACAUUCCUGAGUUCAAAGUUGAGACUUGCUGCGAUUCCACAGGAAGGCGAUUCCCACACGGCCAGCAGUUGCCAGGCUGCCCGCGAUCUGCUCUACUCUGAGCCAUAAACCCCAGACAAGAAUUACUCAUUAACGAGCAGAAACAUUGCCAGGGGAUCAAAAUUCAGAAGCAAAGAGAAAGUUCCUGAUUGUUGAAGAUGCCACCCAUCCAAAAGGCUUUUUAUUAAAGAGAUAUUUUUUGA